AUGCAGCCACCAUCGGACAGGCCGUACAAGACGCACCUUGACGAGGUAGCGAGCCAUCAGAUACAAGACUACCGCGAGCCUAGCACCAUUCAAAAGGCCGCUGAAAAGAUCUCUGAAUACAUUCCCGCCGCGGCUGGUCCGUUGCAGCAUCUGACGGGCCACCCGCCGCCGACAAAGACGGCAGAGGCAGAGGAGGCGCCUGCGCCAGACCCAUCGCAGCUACCAGAGAGACCGGUGCACGAUGAGCACAUUGAGAAUUUUGUGAGGGAGCAGCAUCGACAGGACGGCAGCAAGAUUUUGGAAGGGCACAGACAGUAA